AUGUCGCAUCCUUAUGUCACCUCGCAGGCUGUUCCUGGCUCUGCCAACGGAUCGACGACGAUCAGCGACAUUCUCAAGCGUCAACUCACCCCUGAGCAGUCGUAUCUGCCCGUGGGAGCUACAGCCCCAUUCACCAUCUUCCUCGAGCUUCUGCCCUCAGAUGGCAACGGAAUCUUCUUACACAAUGGCAAUCCUUCUUACCAAGUGCUCGAUCCUGACUCUGAAGGCAAGGCGUUCGAGACACGUGGUCUCCCCACCGGUUAUCACAUCGAGUACAGAAUUACCGAACAUGAUGACACGCCAACCAAGAGAGACAUCGAAAUCUACGGUCAUCCAUCUGGCUACUACUUCAAGUCUUUCCUCAAAUUCGGCGCCCACCUCGCCGCCUUGAUGAAGGAGGAUCUGCAGGGCUGCAAUUGCGACCUCUGCCAGCAGUGGCACCGCAAGGCUCCCAUCGAUGCCGCCAUCAGAGUUGGCCUGCCUCGCGUUCCCGGCGGUGCUAUGGCUGCAGCUAUCAACAUUACCGUUGACCAGCAGAUCUACUUCGCCGCGAUCCGCAUCACACAGGAUCGGCCCAUCCAGCAGGCUGUCGCUGCCCUAGAAUUGGCUGGAGACGUUGAGGACACCGAACAGGCUGUGGCUCAUAUGGGAAUGGCUCGUAUGGUUGAUGGUCUGCCUGACUUUCAGAAGAAGGCAAUCGAUGAUCUGAUUGCUUGGAUGCGUGGAUACCUCGUUUAA